AGUCCGUCAGUUUGCAAAUGGGCAAGAGAAAGCACGCCGAGGGCUCUGAAAGCAAGAGUGGCAAGCAUAUCAAAGUGAGCUUAGCCAAGAAACAGGACAAUAUCGAACCACCAUUCUUGGCCGCCUUUCCCGGUACACAGCCUUCCAGUGACACUCGAUUCACCCCAUACAAACUUCAAGGUGAUGUCCCAAAGAAGAGACAGAAUCAUCGCUUUGUAAGCGGCGAGACCGAGAAGGUCGUAUUUUCAGCAGCCAACUUUGGCGACGAAGCAGCUCAAGGCGUUUACUGCAAAUAUCUCGUUGGCGUUUUUUCAAAGGAAAAACAGGAACUCACCGUUGCACCGACGUCGGUCAUGGCCAUGCGACGAAAGGUGAAGGCUCUCAUGUCCUCGACGAGUGAAAAGACUUCUGCCAGCAAUACCUACGGCCAAGCACGAGCUGCUCUUGGUCUGGCUUUUGGUACUGCCAAAGCCAAGGCUCAAUUGCGUGAUGAGGAGCGCAAUUUGGUCAAGGGUGAAGAACUGGAAGACGUGAUGGCCUCGAUUCAUCACGAAAUUGGCAAAUCGACUGCCAACACCCCAUCACAAGCGGAACUGCGCAAGGAAAUGGAAAAGGAAUUGCCCAUUCCUGCACACAAUAUGGAAGCCACCACUCCCGAAGAAGCCUACGAUAUUUCGAGCAUUGUUACCGACGACGAGUUGAACGCGGUCCCUGUAAAGGAUUUGUUGAAAGAGACGACAUUGGAAGGUGUACAGAAUCUUUUGCCUUUCAGUUUAUCAUCGUUUGUCAAUGACCGUGUGAUGGCCAUUAUCAAGGGCAGUGGCAAGAAGGACCGCAAGAAGCUUCGUAUGGUUGUAUAUAUUUCUUACUUGAUGGCAUACCUGCGCAAGAUCCGACCCGACGAUUUGAAACAACGCAGAAGAGUUGAAGCCGCCUUACAAAACCCUCCCUCCAUCAUUGUGGACAAGUUAACCGAACGAUUCACCAUUUCCAAUGUCCGUACCCCGUUGAUGGCGGACAAGAUAUUGUGUUAUCUGUUUGUGCUGUGUCUGUAUGUCGCUGAUUUCAAGUUAUAUCCUGAUUCUCUUUCCAAAGACCUCUCCAUCAAGCCAUCCAAGGCCGCCAACAUGCUUAGAAACUUGGGUUGUAAAAUAGACAAGUGCACCGCCGAAGAAAUUUCCGCUGCCGGCUUUGAUAGCAGAACCAGUCCCAAGAAGGCCGUCUUGGUCGUCCCUCUCAAGUUCCCUGAAAUCAGAAAAGGCAAACGCAAGCAGUAAAAAAAAUCAUCAUCAUCAUACAACUUUUUGCUUUCAUUCAACACCCAAAAAAAAAUAAAAAUUGUAAUAUCCCUCAUGAUUAUAGAUAAUGCUACGCCGCCUGUUCGGAAAUGUUGACUAGGCUCUUUGGGUGGUGUGACACGAUUGUCACCAUGCACUUCGUGGAUCUUCUUUUUUCUGAAUUUCGGUCAACUCGAGAAUCGGUAUUGGCGCCGUUACAUAGACUGUGUCUGUUAUGUAAUGGACUUGACGGACUGGAAUUAAAAUCGAAAUUUUCAUGUAAUCAUAAAAGAUUCUGGAAAAUUGUUCGCAG